AAAAGCGCUUGGAACAGUUGCGACUGCAACGUCGGUGCGACGACGACGUAACGUCUAGAGCGUCCUAGCUUCAAACAAAACACAAAAGGAUACCAAAAAAUAUAAAAAACUACAAUCAACAAAAAAACAAUUAAAAGAAUUUUUCAAAUACCCCAGUACAAAAUGCUAGCCUAGCUAAACAAAAAAAAUUGCGCAUACGCCGCGUAGUGCAAAAAAUACAAUACAAAGCAAAUCCAACUGUGAUAUACAACUUUUAAGUUCUUCGUCAAAUUAUUCGUUGGGACCCCAACUAACUGUGCUAUUACCCCCAGCCAGCACAUAAAACAUGUCCGUUCCAAUGUUAUUAACGCCGUUGGAACCCCAGACGCCAGAUGAGCACAUGCAAAAUUGUGCUUCGUAUGCGGAUGCUGCGGCUGCUAUCGCUGCCUCAAACUAUGCUACUGGCAACGAGCUCAUCGAGGCGGCCCCCUCCACCAGCUGCAAGCCCACGCUGAGGCAGUUCAAUGUACGGCUGCAGGCGCCUUUGGCGCCAGAGGAGCAACUGGCUCUAACAGGCGACGCCAAGGCGCUAGGCGAGUGGCAGCUGUCGCGCUGCGUGCCCCUGGAUCGAUUGGAUGACCUCACCUGGCAGACCAACGUGCGGCUUCAGUCGUGCCGCCAGCUGGAGUAUCGAUACUUCGUGUACGUGGAGAAUGCGGCGGGCUACAAGCAAAUACGUCGCUGGGAGACGCACUUUAAGCCGCGCGUGCUGCACGCCAGCAUGGAGGAGCAGUGCCACAGUCCGCUGGAUGUGUUUGGAUUGGCCAAUGGGGAUGAGUCGACGCCUCAGGUGCAUCGCGGCUGGCUGAACCAUGAGGCAAUUGUGCAGCUUAAAUUUAAUGGCGAGAAGAUGUUCCAAGUCCAUGACAUCGAGACCUUUGAUCCGCAGCACGUUCAGCUCAAAAUUGUGCCCGUCGAGGAGUCUCCUGGACUCGUUGUGGAAUACACCAAACAUCUUUAUGGCCAGAGUCAUCUGCAGCUGCAGCCGGCGCAUGGCGUAUCCUAUACCAAAGGCGACAUUGUCAUCUUUCAUAUCACCCUGCCACUGGAUCGCAUGAUGCAUCAGAGUUUCCGCCUGGAGUGCUAUGGCCUGCAACACGAGCUCCUUGGCACCGCCAGCCUGAGUGCUGCCCAGUUAACGGGUAGCGAGGGACUGCUACAGCUACACAUCAAGUCCGCCCAACGGGCUGACGAGACGCUGGCCCGCUUGAGACUGCCCUACGUGCUGGUCCAGCCCUAUCAGUACUCGCCGCUGGACUUCAAGAACACCUAUGCGCACUACUGGCCACGCAGCUGGCCCAAUCUGGAUGUUGGGCAUCGCGGCAACGGCAAGAGCUACAUUGCCGAGGCACCGCUGGAGCGCGAGAACACGAUUGCCUCGUUCCUAAGCGCACAUGCACAUCAUGCGGAUAUGGUUGAAUUGGAUGUGCACUUGACGGCCGAUGGGAUACCCGUGAUCUAUCACGAUUUUGGGCUGCGCACCGCGCCGCCGGGCAAGGUGAUCGAGAAGCCCGAUCAGCUGGAGUAUGUGCUGAUCAAGGACAUCAAUUAUGAGCUGCUCAAGCGGCUGCGCAUCUUCUCGGUGAUCAAUGGCAAAGUACAGGAAUAUCCCGCACACAAUGCCGAGCCACGUGUCGAGCAUCGCAUCUUUCCCAGACUGGUGGAGGUGCUGCAACAGCUGCCCAAAUCGCUGGGCAUCGAUGUGGAGAUCAAGUGGCCACAGCGGCGACAGGGCGGCGGCUCCGAGGCGGAGCAGACCAUUGAUAAGAAUUUCUUUGCCGAUCGUGUGUUGCACGAGGUCAUUCAAUACGGUUGCGGACGUCCCCUGAUCUUCUCCAGCUUCGAUGCGGACAUGUGCACAAUGCUGCGAUUCAAGCAGAACCUCUUCCCGGUCAUGUUCCUCACCCAGGGCGAGACCAAGAAAUGGCAACCCUUCAGUGAUCUGCGCACGCGCAACUUCAUGGCCGCCGUAAACAACGCGCAGGCCUUCGAGCUGGCGGGCACUGCGCCCCAUGCGGAGGAUUUUCUGGGCGAGAAUGCGGUCCACAUGCUGCAGCAGGCGCGUGACCUAGGACAGAUUGCCGUCAUCUGGGGCGACGACUGCAAUUCAAAGGAGCGCGUCAAGUAUUUCACAGAGAUUGGAGCAACGGCCACCUGCUACGAUCGCAGCGAUCUCUAUAUGCCGGAGAAGAAGCAGAGAUCGUUCUUCAAUUCCAGCUCGCUGCUCGCCGAGUUCGAGGCUCAAUGCAGGAUGUAAGGGGAGGGAGGGCCGAGGGAGGGAAUGGGUCCGUCAGGCGGGUAAUCAUAGUCUAAGCACUGGGCUGAGCUCACAUCCAAAAAAGAGAUUCAAGCUUAAAAUAUGUAAAUAAUUUAUACUCUUGCCCAAAAUGUAAAUAACUAAAAAACAAAACGUAGCAAUUAACAAAUUGAUAUUUUCUAAUAAUCUAUGCCAAUGUGAACUCAGCUUAAGUCCAAUUGAAGCUAUAUUUGUAUUUUGAUUUAAGCUCACAAAUUGUUUUUUUAUAUUUAUUAAUACUAUUAUAUAUUCAAAUUUGAAGCGUAGCAGAAAAUUGUACAGAAAAGGCGUGCUCAGGGAUGGGAACAAUGAUAGAUGUAUAGUAAAAAUUCUAUAAAAUGUAAAUCAAAAUUAAUUUUCAACUAAAGCUAGUAGGUCAAGUGAUAUCCAGUUACCGAUCUUUUAUCGCUAAUACUCUAUUUAUUUUUGCACUUUGUUCUGCAAAUAUAUAAUGUUGAAACAAAAAUAAAACUAAAAGACAAUGACAAGAAAGCAGAGAAAAAUGCUUUAAAAAAUAACUUAAAAGAAAAAAACAAAAACAAAAAAAAUACCUCUUACAAUAUGUUUAUGUGCAAAAGCGUUUGCAGAAUUGUAUAUUAUUAAAAGUACAAUAAUUUUUCAAGCGUGUUUUAUAUA